AUGGGCGGGUCAACAAACAAUUAUCCACUAUCUUCCUCUUCCUCGGCGGCAUCGGCAGGACUUUCUUUGGGACUCAACGACUCUACAACAUCUAACACUGAUCCUACCUUACCUUCCACAAGCGAUCUUCAAAAGAUCGUAACAGCUUACUUUGAAAGAAAAGGUUAUACACCGGCAGAUAUGGCCUUGUUACGGGAUGUCAAAGGAAACACAAUGACAAUGGAACAAUUAGUACAAUAUAUUAGAACGAAUCAUAGCAAGAAUAAUGGCAGCAAUAACACUUCAACCUGUUUUUCCGUCCCGUUAUUACAGCAUCUCCUCAAUACGAACGGCGACAAUGACGAUCUUCUAGGUGAUCCUGACGCGUAUACUACAAGUUAUAUUCAAUUACGAGAAUGGGUAGAAAAUGCUCUUGAUUUGUACAAGUCUGAUUUGUCAACAUUACUCUAUCCUAUAUUUGUCCAUAUAUAUCUUGAUCUUGUUAGCAACGAACUACUGGAACAGGCCGCAUAUUUUAUCAAAAAAUUUGGAUCAGAUCAUAUCAACAUUCACGAAUCUCAGGAAGUGGAACAACUUGGAAACAUCAAUACACCUCAACAAGUAGCAGAAAAUCCUCUGUCACAGAAAUAUAGAAAUAACAAGUAUCGUAUCACUAUGUUUCGAAUUCCAUAUGAACUCUUUCUAGAUUUUAUUAAAGAAAACAAACGAUCCAACUUGUUACGAAUUGUUAAUCAAUAUCUCUCUAUUGAAGUGACACACGAAAAAUCCGCAGGCGGAGCAAAUGAUUAUCAAAAUGGAUUUGGUAUUAUGGAUCGAGAAACUGAAUCAUCAACCGUGGACAAUUUGAAAAAGGAAGAUGAUUUCAUGGAAAUUGAUGGAACUGGGCCCUUUGGUGGCACGCUCAAACAUGUCAAACAAGAAGUACUACCUGACAGUCCAGUGUUAGGGGAUAUAUCUGCAUCUCAUUUACCAUCUCAGUCAGUGGAUAUACAAAUGGAAUUGGACACACUGAAUGAUCUACGGAAACGGAUAUCUCAUGGAUCAGUCUCUUUACCAAGUGUUUGUGCCUAUACAUUUCACAAUACUCAUGAUGGUCUCAAUUGUAUAGAGAUAUCGGAUGAUGCAAGCUUAAUCGCAGGUGGAUUUUCUGAAUCAUUUGUCAAGAUAUGGAGUUUAAAUGGUGAUCCUCUUCGAAAAACAAACAAAGACAAUGGCGAUGGUGAAGACAAGGAACAAACAACGGAUUACGUUAAACUCAUUGGUCACGCUGGUGCUGUCUAUGGUGCAAGUUUUAAUCAUGAUAAUGAAUACCUGAUAUCCUGUUCUCAAGAUCAAACAGCUCGAUUGUGGAGUACACGUACCUUUGAAAAUCUGGUUGUCUACAAAAGUCACAAUUAUCCAGUAUGGGAUGUUGAUUUUGGACCUUUUGGGUUCUACUUUGCUACUGCUUCUCAUGAUAAGACGGCAAGAUUAUGGAGUUGUGAUCGUAUCCAUCCGCUUCGUAUUUUUGCUGGGCAUCUUUCUGAUGUGGAUGUGGUCAAAUUUCAUCCCAAUUCAAAAUAUUUAGUGACUGGCUCAAGUGAUCGAACGGCAAGGUUAUGGGAUGUACAACGAGGUUCUUGUGUUCGUGUAUUUACAGGUCAUACAGGUGCUGUCAAGACGGUAGCCAUUUCUCCAAAUGGUCGAAUCAUGGCAUCAGCUGGCGAAGAUAAAACGAUUAAUUUAUGGGACUUGGGAUCUGGACGACGAUUGAAAACAAUGACAGGCCAUACUGAUUACAUAUAUGCAAUGGAUUUUAGUACUGACAGUCAUACACUUGUAUCAGGUGGAGCAGAUGGAACAGUUAGAGUGUGGGAUGUGAAUGCACCAUCAGGACCAACAACAUCAAAUUCAACAACAACUACAACAAAAACAGCAUCAACAUCAUCAACAUCAUCAUCGUCAGUAUCAUCAUCAACAACGAGAUCAAAUGAUAUGAAAAGGAUUCGAUUGGAAGAAGCAGCAAGGAAGGAAAAAAAUGACAAUAACAAGGCAGAUGAUCAUCGACAUCCCAGUAAUAGUAUUCUGGAAAGUAGCAAUCAUCUUGCUGUAUUCCCAACCAAACAAACACCUAUAUACACUGUCCAAUUUACAAAACGAAAUCUUUGUCUUGUUGCAGGCGCCUUCAAUCCAUGA